UAGACGGACGUUAGUUUUGUUCGUUAUGAAACGUAUACAUAUUUUUUUCAUCAUAAAAACUUUUAUUUAGUGCUUUCGUUAAUUUUAUUGACUUAUUUAUUGUGUGAUUCAAAUAAUAUAACAAUAAAAAUAUAUUAAUUGUUCGAGGAAUUCUUUUGUCGAGUGUUUUGUGUUAAAAUUUGUGUUUUCGUGAUUUGGGAUUUCGUGUCGCAGAUCUAUGAAAAGCGAUCAACAGGAUGGCGUUUAGCAGAGAAUAGCCCCUGCAACAAAGAUGGCGUCUUUCGAUAAAGAUAUUGAAAACAGAAAGAGGAGUGCAGAAUGUGAAACAGACAGAUUACCUACAUUGAAACAGAUACAACAAGAAUACACAGAUAAAACAAACAUAGAUAAAAAAUUAAAAAUAACCCCCCUUAAUAUAAACUACAAAAUGAGGAAACCUUACAUUCUAUACAAUAAUUUUCGUUACAAAGAAGAAUUAUCAAGAAGAGUUGCCAUUAAAAGGGAAUAUGGAUUUUAUAACUAUUGUUUUAUAAGUGUCUGUCUGAGUUUCGUUCUGGGAUUAGUAAUCGGCGUAGCGAUCGUUGGAUCACCUCAAACGAGAUUGAUCACACCCAAUAUUAGUCCUAAAAGAAUAGCGAAAAUAAACACAACCAGAGAAGGUUAUUCCAGAAGUUUGAAUUCACUUAAAUAUUCAGAUAGUUUAAAAUUAGAAGAUAAUUUUAUUCCCCCUGAAAAAGAAAAUAACAUGGACAGAUUUGCGACUGUUUCCUUUACUGGAUCUGUCGACCCCCACAAACAUAAAAUAGACGUGUAUCCCAAAGGCCUUACGGAGAACAUGAAAGAUAUUCUCAAAGACAACAAGGUAUUCCAACACAAACUAUCCAUAACAAACGUGGUUGAUACAAACGUACACGUUCCUAAUACUGAUACAGUUUUAUACAAUAACAUAUAUUGGGGUCCGGAAGUCGAAAACUCAAUGCCACAGGGUUAUGGUGAAAAUUCCGCUGAAAUCUGGGAAAGUUACGUCGAUCAGAGCGAAGUAACCAAGAUGGAACCCGGAUGCGGAAGGAUGCAGAAUCGUUUAAUCACAUUCAAAGAUGGAAUCCAAGCUUGUGUACGAUACAGACAAAAUACAGAUCAGAUACAGGGUGAAAUAUUCAGUUUCUAUGUUGCUAGACUAUUGAAUUUAACAAAUUUAGCACCCUCUGUUAUUAAAGUCGUCGAUUUGAAAGAUAAGCUUUGGCAGAGUGUCGCCAACGACAUCGCUUCAGCGCAAUGGAACACAAAUAGAGCAGUUGUUUUAACUCAAUACAUUCCAAGCUUAGAAUCAGCAACGAUACCGGAAAUAUUCAAGCCUUCAACGCGUCACUUAAAUAAGAAUGACGUGUUCAAAAUGUCUCAAAAAGAAAACGACACCGUUGAAACUAACAAACAAAUAUUGUUGGACAAACUCAGAAUGAAAAACGUCAAAGCGAAGCAAGAAAUUAUGAACGACUUCGAUUUUAUAGAUGCAAAGCUAAAUAAGAAAACUAGAGAUUUAUUUGUUGAAUUAGCGCAAUGGUCGGAUCUCAUUAUAUUUGACUAUUUAACAGCUAAUUUAGAUCGUAUUGUAAAUAAUUUAUUCAACUAUCAAUGGAAUGUAAACAUUAUGGAUGGCCCUGCCCAUAAUUUGGCGAGGAAAAUAGACAGUGGAUUACUUUUGUUUCUGGACAACGAAUCCGGUCUCCUCCACGGUUAUCGGCUUCUGAAGAAGUACAAUGUGUAUCAUAGUUUGAUGCUGGAUAAUUUGUGUGUGUUUAGAAAGAGGACUGUUGAUUCAUUGAAAAGUUUACACGAAAGCUCAAUCGGUGCAAAACUCAGUGAUAUAUUUCAUAGGAAAAACAAUGCAAUAAUAAGAGACAUUUUACCGCCAUUGCCAGAGAAGAACGCAAAAGUGUUACACGAUAGAAUAGGUAAAGUUUUAAGUCAAAUCGACAAGUGUGCACAGACUUUUUCUAAUAGAUAACUAUUUGUUAUAUUCACUCGCACUAAAAUCUUUUUUAUCUGUUUUUUUUUUUUAUUCCUAAAAUUACCACCAAUAUUUGAAACCAAAUAAGCUUAGAAGGCAUGGUAAAUAUGCCACUAAGACUUUGAUAGCUUCUUUUUAAAACUUUUCAAAAAGUCACCAAUAAUUACAUGUCAUUUUUAAAGUUUCUGUUAAAAACAAAAGUCAAUCACAGAUAUUCCUAUGUAUGUGUUGCAGCAGAAAAGUUGCCAACAUUAUUCCAGUGGCGACGCAUUCAAAUUGUAAAAUUUAACGUUUUUAAUUUUGUCUUUGUAAAUAUAAGUCUAAGUUUCUAUUUAUUUUUAGUGCGAGAAAAGACAAGUGAUACUGAUAAGCGUGUUUCGAUACCAAAUACUUUAUUUAUUGUAAAUGUGCCAGUAAUUGUUUUUGCGGUGAUAUUUAUUUUGUUAUUAUAAUAUAAUUAUUUGUAAAUACGCCGACUGUUUUAUUUAUAAACCGUUUUAUUGUAACUUGUACAAAAAUCAAAUGGGCCAAGAAACUAUUCUGGGACAAUAGUUUGUAUAAUAACGGCGAUACGAUUUGGAUACGUGAAUCAUUUAAAUUUUAUAAUUAUUAAAGUUAAUGUCUUGUCAUUUUGUGACGUUUCGCGAUCGUAUGCUGUUGUGUGUAUCCGAAUGUGUUUUGUCGAAUUAGAUGUUACCGGAUAGCUGACUUGUAACGAAUAACAUUUCAUCUCUAGAUACGUGUACAUACUUAAGCCGUUUUAUACGACGAGAGAGUUUAUUGGCAAAUUAUUCCGAACGUUAUAACGCUCAUAUUUGAAAGUCUAUUAACUAAUUUGAGACUUUAAUGUUUACAAUAUAUCUUAAUGAAAUAUGUCAUAUUGAACACGUUUUGUUUCAAAAUCCGUCGUAAUUGUUAUAAAACUAUGACGUGUUAGCUUUGUCUGGAGUUGAUCGUUAAAUUACAACUGUUAUCUCAAUUGGAUAGCAUUGACCAUAUAACUAAGACAAUAAAAGAGAAAUGUGAUUUAAAUAAGGAUGUAAAAUUGAUAAAGACAAAGUAACUGGUGGUUAAGGAAGAAGACAGAUAUAGCCUGAAAAGUUGUAUUGUCUCUUUCUAGGUAGAUAAUUCCGUGACGAUCUCAUAGUAAACUCUGAUAGUAACUAUAAAAAAUAAUAACUACUGCUACAGUAUUCAGUCCUUUUUUAAUUCAUUUAACUUUUAAACAGUUUUAAAGGCAUUAAAGGCUGAAGAUCCCAAAAUUCGGAAGUUUUUGAAUUUGAAAGUUGGCAGAAUGUAUAUUCCGAUGUCUGCGUAUGGAAAGGCUUUUUGAAGGUUUGCCGUCCAAUCAGAUCACGAGAUUGAGGAAAUAGGUAGUGUACCUGUGUUUGCGAAAACACUUGUGCACUAUAAUUUUUCCCGCGCUGCUGAAUAGUAUCUGUGACGGUUUUUUUUUUCAAUAUGUCGUUUAUAUUUUUAAGCAUAACAUAUUAUGCCAAUGUCACGACAUUAUGAAGAUGACACUUCGAACCGGUUUUUAAAUUUUAUGAAAUAGAUAAUAUAUUUUAAUUUUUUUAAAUAAUAUUACUAAAAUAUUCAAUAAAUGGAGCCUCAACUAAUGUUGAAAUAACUUGGUUAAUCUGUGGUCGAUUUUUUUGUUGAAAGAUAUAAUGAUUUUGUUAUUUUUUUACUAACCAUCUGUAAAUUGUCGUAAUUUAAAUAAGACGUUUAUGAACAUAGGAACAGAUAGACGAGAUCUAGAGAUAAAAUGUUAUUGUUACUUUUUGUAAUGUGAGCGUUUCAAAACAUUCGAAUAUAUAUAUAUUUUUAAAUAUUUUUGUACAACUUUAAAUGAAAUGGAUAAUGUAAUGCGUAUAAUCUGUGACGACUGUUUUGUAUAAUCUGUAACAUUUGACAAAUUAUUCUCGGUUUCAAAUGCAAAUGUCAAACUUUAAAUUAAAAUCUAUGUUCUUUAUAGGUAAGGAGAUGUGUCAUAGAUAUUAACCCACACGUGUCUAAAAAAUGUUUUAAAUGACAGUUCAAUGACUAUACAAUUGCCGGCAUUAAAACACAAUUACCCUGACACUGGCAGAAUUGUCAACCUAUUGACAGAAGUCAUAAACAUAAUACAUAAUAAUAAAAAAAAACACAAUUGUCAAAUAACCUAAAGUUAAAUUAGGAUUUUAUAAUUAUUAGGAUUUAUGAAUUAUAUUAACAGAAUAAUUUGAAGCGUCGUUUGAAGGUGUAUUU